UUACACACCGUCCCAGCGUCCGUGGGCGCGUGAGUUACGCGCAAUCGAAAUCUUGAAUGGUGAUUUUGCCUAAAUGUGUGUGUGUGUGACAGUGUUGAGAAUUGAGAGGUGUUGCCAUGUUGAUGUUGGUUCCAUUCAUUCUACUACUUUUUGUACCUAAAACACAAAGUAAACUCAAAAAAACAAAAACAUGGGGUCGUGAGUGAAAGCCUACAAACUCUCUCUUCUCUCUCUCUCUGUUCUCUCUCUCUCUCAUUGUUUAUAUAUUUAUAUAUUUAUUUAUUUCAGUUUGGACUUUACAUGAAUGAUUGAAUCUCAUUCUCCAUAUUUGCUUUCUCUCAGUUUUCACAGACUCUGUUCUGUUUUAGAUUCCUUCUCUCCUCUCUCUCUCUCUCUCUCUUUCUUUUUGGUUCCGUUCACGCACACCCACUUCUUCUAGACUCUCUUUCUCUCUUUGGAAAUUUGUACUGUAUACUAGAGUAUUCCAUAAUCUUUGCAAAUCGUUUUUUUUUUUUUUUUUUUGUUGGAUUCUGGGUUUGUUCAGACCAGAGUCUAGACUAUUAUUAUAUUCUUGAAACUUGAAAGACUCUAUAUUUUUUGUGUGUGUUUUCUUUCAUUGUUCUUUGCUAUCUGAGUUUGGCUAUUCUUCUCUGCUUCAACAAAAUGACCGUUGAGGCUGAAAUAGAUGACCCCAGAGACCAGUUCCCAAUUGGAAUGCGUGUGCUCGCUGUUGACGAUGACGCCACUUGCCUUUUCCUUUUAGAGAAGCUGCUUCGUCGAUGCCAAUACCAUGUUACGACAACUAAUCAAGCAAUCAAGGCAUUGAAUUUGUUGAGAGAAAACAAGGACCAGUUUGACCUGGUUAUCAGUGAUGUUCAAAUGCCAGACAUGGAUGGUUUUAAAUUGCUUGAGCUUGUGGGGCUUGAGAUGGACUUACCUGUCAUAAUGUUGUCCAUAAAUGGCGAUACCAAGCUUGUGAUGAAGGGAAUUACCCAUGGAGCUUGUGAUUAUUUACUGAAACCUGUUCGAAUUGAGGAGCUGAAGAAUAUCUGGCAACAUGUAAUCAGGAGAAAGAAGUUUGAUUCAAAAGACAGGAAUAAUUGUGGCAAUCAAGAGAAGCUUCAUUCUGGGAGCAUUGAAGGAGGACCAGGGUCAGCUGGGACACUUUUGGAUCAGAAUGGGAAGCUCAAUAAAAAACGGAAGGAUCAGGAUGAAGAGGAGGUUGAGGAGCAUGAUGAAAAUGGGCCUGAUAAUGAUGACCCAUCAAAUCAAAAGAAGCCUCGGGUUGUUUGGUCUGUGGAUCUGCAUCGCAAGUUUGUUGCAGCUGUUAAUCAGUUGGGCAUUGACAAGGCUGUACCUAAAAAGAUUCUAGAUUUGAUGAAUGUUGAAAAGCUUACAAGAGAAAAUGUGGCAAGCCAUCUCCAGAAAUACCGGCUUUACCUUAAAAGAAUCAGCUGUGUGGCAAACCAGCAAGCUAAUAUGGUGGCAGCCUUAGGUGGUACAGAUGUGUCCUUUUUGCAAAUGAGUUCUCUGAAUGGAGGUGGAAAUUUUCAAACCUUGAAUGGAUCUGGGCAGUUUCAUAACACUGCUUUCAGAUCCUUCCCACCUAGUGGGAUGCUUGGUAGAUUGAGCACAUCUGCUGGUCUGGGUAUUCACAGCCUUCCUUCUUCAGGAAUGACUCAACUGGGUCAUUCACAAAACUCAGGCAGCUCCACCAUUGAUCAGGUUAACUUCCAGCAGGUCAUAAUUCCUGGAAACCAUAAUGGGAGCGUACUUCAAGGAAUGCCAAUGUCACUACAACUUGAUCAACUACAACAUAAUAAAAGUGUUACGCGUGUCAGAGAGCUCUCCACUGCUGUUGAUAAUACAACAGUUUUCCCCAUUUCCAGUGGCCUUCCAGAUGCAAGAAUGACCAUUGGUAGCUCCAGCAAUCCUCUUCUUGGUGUUACCAACAACACCUUGAUGUUAGAAGGAGCCCCUCAAGGAGCUCAAACUGGCAAAGUAUUUGGAAAUCACUCUUCUGUUUCAUUUGCCUCUUCAAAUUCAGAAUUAUCUUCACCCUUGCCCGAUCACAGAAGAUUGAAUGACAACUGGUCAACUGCUCAGUCAACUGGGAUCCAGUCAAAUUCUUUUUCAUUAAAUGACACUUUUAAACAGGCUACUAUGCAGCCUAGUAACUUGAGGGACAAUAUGUCCACAAUGGCCUUGCAAAUUGGGUGUGAUCCAUGUAAUGUUUCUUCUGUUUCUUCAAUUUCCACUCAAUCACAGGAUCUAAGGGCAGACAUACAAUGCCGAACAAAUCUGAUCAGCAGUAAUGCUGGCCAAGUAAGUAAUAAUGCCCCAGCUCAAAGGUGGGAUGACCAUGAUCAGGAUGGUUCUUAUCACUCAAAUGUUAUGUGUAGCUCAAUAAACUCUAUGAUCCCUGUCAAUGGUACUGUGGGUCCACUGGGUCAGCAUUUGGAGCCAAAGAGCACAAUCUUUCACACAAACAUGGAUUUCAAUUCGAUGGAACAAUCAAAUUUUAUUGAUCCGUUAUACAUGAAUCAUAAUGAGGUUAAUAAAUCUACAAUGGAGACAUCACUGAAGUUGAAGCAAGGGCUUUUCAUGGACCAAAGGAAGCCUCAGGGAAGUUUUAUUUCUGGUAAUUUUGGCUCAUUGGAAGACAUAGUGAGUGCAAUGGCAAAACAGGAACAAGAUAAGUUGAAACUGAUCGAAGGAGAAUUUGGAUGCGACCCUUAUUCCCUUGGGACAUGCAUGUGAAACAGCCAACUACUAGAGACAGAAGGACUUGCAUUCUAAACAUUGUCCUUGAUGAUUUUCUUGUUGCAUAAUUCAUGACACAUCUAUCAACACGUCCACUUUUGCCUUUAUAAUAGAUUUACUUGAUAAGAUUAGGUUCGGAUUUUCUUGUUGAUUGAGCAUUGUUAUGAAUUAUGAAUCAGGCUUGUUCAAUUUGUAGUACAGAAAUGCAUCGUUGUCCAUGGUUUGACAAUGCAUGAUAAGAGUAAUUGAUGUUA